AUGAUCAAAAAUCUGCUGCAGCGACGAGCAGCUGCAGCUCGCGCCAGCUUCGCAGUUGCACCCAGCUCAAUCCGGAUGGCCUCUGGUUCAGCGCGACCACCCCCUGGAGAUCUGAAUCGUCUUUCGCGCAUCAUCACUCGACCCAAGGAUCAAGGUGCAUCUCAGGCUAUGCUAUAUGCCACUCCGGGCAUCUCAAACGAUGAAGAUUUGACUCGAGCCAUGGUCGGUGUGGCUUCCGUCUGGUACGAGGGAAACCCUUGCAAUGCUCAUUUGCUGCAAGUGGGCCAGAGGAUCAAACAGAGCAUACACGACGCUGGCUUGACCGGCUACCAAUUCGGCACCGUCGGUGUUAGUGAUGGUAUCUCGAUGGGAACGGACGCCAUGAGCUACUCUUUGCCCUCCAGAGAUCUCAUCGCGGACUCGGUCGAAUCGGCUGCGGGAGGCCACUGGCUCGAUGGCUGCGUCGUUGUUCCGGGCUGCGAUAAGGUGCGUAACAGACAGAUUGUUGUCGCGCCUCCGCUUCCUCAGAGCUGACUGAUAGGGGCACGCAUCAGAACAUGCCCGGUGUGUUGAUGGCGCUGGGCAGACUGAACAGGCCUGGUCUGAUGGUGUACGGCGGUACCAUUCGGCCGGGCGCAUGCAGCUCGGUGGAGGGUACCCUGGACAUCGUCAGUGCCUUCCAGUCUUACGGUAAAUACCUUAGCGAGGGUGGAACUGCCGAUGCCGAGAAGAAGCGCUACGACACAAUUCGACACGCCUGCCCUGGUCCUGGAGCUUGUGGAGGCAUGUACAGUGAGCUUCGCACGCGCGUGAGCUGCGCCGAGACCUGCCAAACAUGCUCACCCUUCCUCUUGCGUUUCUGUCUCGGGUGCUUUUGAGCAGCUGCCAACACGAUCGCAUCUUGUGCUGAGGCAAUGGGAAUGACGCUGCCCGGUAGCUCGUCUUUUCCUGCCGAAUACCCAGAGAAGAUCCAGGAAUGCGAAAGCGUGGGCGCAGCUAUGAGAAAUCUGCUGGAAAAAGACAUCAAGCCCAGGGACAUCAUGACCCGCAGCGCGCUUGAGGACGCUAUCGUGAGUCUGCAGUGACGAUGCUAGAUCCCCUCACAGCGGUGCUGAAUUGAAGGACUUGGUCCAUAACCCUGCGCUUUGCAGGUCCUCACUAUGGUGCUUGGCGGAAGCACCAACGUUGUUUUGCAUCUUCUGGCCAUUGCGCACAGCGUUGGCGUUGAUCUGAGCAUCGAUGACUUCCACAGAAUCGGAGAGAGAACACCAUUCCUGGCCGAUCUCAAGCCUAGCGGCAAGUACGUGAUGGAGGACGUGCACAAGGUGCUUGGUGGCAUCCCUAGUGAGUGGGAACGUCUUUUCAGAUGCCGGGGGCCUCUCACCCUCAUGCUAGGUCUCUGCGUCCAGCCAUCAUCCAGUACUUGAUUGAGAACAAGUUGAUGAAGGGAGAGCACAUGACGGUGACUGGCCGCACACUCGCUGAAAACGUGGACCGGUGGACACACGAGAAGGGCAAGCUUCCCGCGGGCCAGGAUGUUCUUCGUCCCCUCUCUGCUCCUCUCAAGCCCACGGGCCACAUUCGCAUCCUGAAGGGCAACCUUGCGCCCGGAGGAGCUGUUGCCAAGAUCACCGGCAAGGAAGGUCUCAGAUUUACAGGCAAAGCUAGGUGUUUCGACACGGAAGACGACAUGGUCGCGGCGGUGGAGAACAAAAGCAUCAAAAAUGGGGAAAAGACGGUCAUCGUGCUGCGCUACAAGGGACCCAAGGGUGGACCAGGCAUGCCAGAAAUGCUCAAGCCAACGAGCCUUAUCAUGGGGGCGGGUCUCGGCAUGGACGUCGCCAUCCUUACCGACGGUCGAUUCAGCGGAGGGUGAGUAGCGACAUUGGUGUGGUCGCCAGAAAUUGGGUGUGCAAACCGCUGACGCACCUUCCCACCUUCGGGUCUGCAGCUCUCAUGGCUUCGUGAUUGGACACGUUGUGCCUGAAGCGCAAGUAGGAGGCCCCAUCGCACUGGUGCAAGAUGGUGAUGUGAUUUCAAUCGAUGCGGAGAGCAACAUCAUGCAGCUGGACAAUGUGUCAGAGGAAGAGAUGGAGAAGAGAAGGAAGGAGUGGAAGCCUAGGGAGCUCAGACCCAAGUCUGGCCAUUUGCUUAAAUUUGUGCGGAAUGUGUCGGACGCGAGCUUGGGAUGCGUCACUGAUUUGUAG